AGCUAGUAGCUAGCAUGUAGCAGAUGCGCCGUUAAGUCCUGUCUGGGCUUGAACCAUUAGUGGUGUUUCAGUGGAGUCUGGGCAGAUGUCACAAAUGAAGCUACGCUGUUAGUUUGUUGGUGUCAGGACAUAAAUAAACGCUAGAUAUCAAACGUUAGCAGAAGUAAUGUUGCAGGUAACUAAUACUUAGCUAGAAGCUACCCAGGUAGGAAGAUUAACACGAUCUCGGGUUUUAAUAUUUCCCUUCUGUAUAUAUACGAGACGUUAAUGGGUGUUACAGUAGUUAAACUGCUUAAAACGUUGCGUUUUAUCGCAGGCGUCGCACAAAAAAGUUCACGUUUCUGAGCAGCUACAUGUGAAUGCAGGGUGUAAAGCUUCAAACUGAACGUUGCUGCCAGGUUUCACCGCCCGGGUCACGUCAUGGCUGACGACCCCCAGAGAAACUUCCGCUCGGCGUAUUAUGAGAAAGUGGGCUUCAGAGGAGUGGAGGAGAAGAAGUCUCUGGAAAUACUGCUCAAGGACAAUCCUCUCGAUUUGGAGAAGCUGAGCACCUUCAGUCAGAGGUUCCCUCUUCCAUCCAUGUAUCGAAUCCAUGUGUGGAAGGUGCUGUUGGGCAUCUUACCUCCCCAUAGUGACUCUCAUGCUUUAGUUGGAGGCUACAGGAAGGAGCAGUACCAGGACAUCCUGGAUGCUCUGGAGGUGAUGAGAUACAUCAACCCUUCCACGCCUUCCACCCACAUCUACCUGCGCAUGUUUCAGCUGGAGAGCCAGAUGCUCCCACGGUGCUCUGAGACCUUACCCCCAGAUGAAGAAAAUGAUGACUUUCUCCCCAUCGGUCGGGCCAUGGAGGAGAUUGUAGACGAUCCUGUCGACUGCUACUGGCUGAUCAAGUGUUUUGUCAAUCAGUUCCACACAAAGUUUGGAGACUCAAUACCUCAUCUGCCAAAGAGCCUGGAGCAUUUUCUGUGUCAGGAGGAACCUCGGCUGCUGAACCAUCUGAAGAGCAUUGGAGCCCUGACUCAGCUGCCCUAUAGCCUCUGGUUCAGACGCUGCUUCGCUGGCUGCCUGCCUGAAUGCAGCCUGCAGAGGGUGUGGGACAAGGUGAUAAGUGGCUCCUGUAAGAUUCUGGUGUUUGUUGCUCUGGAGAUUCUACUAAGCUACAAGAUCAUGUUGAUGGGCAUCAGUCGGCCUGAAUGCGUGGUCAAGUUUUUGUGCAGUAUACCACAGGAAAACACAGACGCCAUCGUGACUAAAGCCAUUGACUUGUGGCAUAAAUACUGCGGCACCCCGAUGCACACUCUGUAGUCACGUGAACAGAAGGGAGAUGUUCUCCCAGGACACACACAUACAGAGAUCAGUCUCUGUAUAAGCAGAACCUCUUAGUGGGGGCCACUUUCCAGGCUUCACUACACUGCAUGAACACUGGAGGCAGUCGACCACAGAAGCACGUACUGUAAGGUGUGAAUGCUGGCACAAAACCAGCCGGAAAAGGACGAGAGAUCAUAAAUGUAUUAAUUUUAAUAAGUUUCCUUCUUUAAGAAACUGUAUACAUUAUAGAAGACAAUAAAUUAACACUCACAUGCA